AUGGUAGAGAAUAGGAGACGACGAUUUACUCGACCUGAUGUUUUAGCGGCCCGGCGGACUUCCUACGAUCCGUUCGGAAGCACGCUUCCCGUCAACUUUCCGCCGCCAGACUCGCUCAGCACCUCUUCCACAACUUCAACCGCCAGCUCAGAAUCGCGAUUCAAAUGGCAAGCGCCUCCAACACAACCGAAAAACUCGAUUUGGAGCGUCACGACGAUGGUCCUCCUUAAACUCCGCGACGAGCUCAACUUCAGGAGAAAGAAGAACAAAAAUGCGAUUCAGUCGAACAUUUCCGAAAUCAAAAUCCUCGAAGGCGACCGAUUCAUUUCCAUGGCUCUUGUCGAAGGCUAG